AUGAGUGUCGUUGUAGGAGAGAGAUCAAUAGCAGAAAAAUGGUCACCGGUUAUGGCAAUUGUGGUAGCAAACGUAGCGACGGGCUCAGUGAAUGCACUUGUGAAGAAAGCUCUUGCUGGUGGUGUGAACCAUAUGGUCAUUGGUGCUUAUCGUCUGGCUAUUUCUGCUUUCAUUUUGGCUCCUCUCGCCUAUUUCUUGGAACGGAAAGCAAGACCGAAAAUAACAUUUAGGCUAAUGAUCGAUCAUUUCAUCAGCGGUUUGCUUGGGGCAAGUUUGCUACAAUUUUUCUUUAUGCUUGGUCUGUUGUACACGUCAGCAACUGUUGCGGGUGCUUUUGUAAGCAUGUUGCCUGCGAUUACCUUCGCUUUGUCCCUUAUUUUAAGGACGGAGAGUGUAAGAAAUCUAAAAGGUAAAGCAGGAAUGUUAAAAGUGAUGGGAACUUUUAUAUGCGUUAGUGGAGCAAUGUUGUUAACAUUUUACAAAGGUCCUCAGAUAUCACACUUCCAUUCGCACCCAGAGGGUCUUCACCACAACAACAACAACAAGACAGAUAACUGGCUUCUUGGAUGUCUCUAUGCAACUAUAGGAACCACGUUUCUGUCUCUAUGGAUGAUUUUCCAAGGGACUUUAAACACCAAGUACCCUUGCAAAUACACGAGCACUUGUCUCAUGUCAGUUUUCGGCUCAUUCCAAUGUGCUCUCCUGAGUCUUUACAAGAGGAGAGAUGCCAAAGAUUGGGUCAUGGAUGAUAGAUUCGUUAUUUUCGUCAUUAUAUACGCUGGAAUAGUGGGGCAAGCGCUGUCAACAGUAGCAACAUCAUGGUCGAUAAAGAGAGUAGGAGCCGUUUUCGCAUCAACAUUUAGUCCUGUUAUCCUUAUCUCAGCUACUCUAUUCGAUUUUCUCAUCUUACACACUCCUUUGUACCUCGGCAGGAAAACAAGACCGAAGCUAACAUUUAGGUUAUUGGUCGAUCAUUUCUUCAGCGGUCUGCUCGGGGCAAGUCUGAUGCAAUUUUUCUUUUUGCUUGGUCUGUCGUACACGUCAGCAACUGUUUCGUGUGCUUUGGUAAGCAUGUUGCCUGCAAUCACCUUCACUUUGGCCCUUAUUUUCAGGACUGAAAAUGUAAAGAAUCUAAAGACCAAAGCAGGAAUGUUGAAGGUGAUGGGAACUCUAAUUUGCAUAGGUGGAGCUUUGUUCUUGACAUUCUACAAAGGCCCUCAAAUAUCAAACCCUCACUCUAACCGAGGGGCGGCACUUCACCACAACGACAACGAUCAAGACAAAGCCAAGAACUGGCUUCUUGGAUGUCUUUACUUAACCAUUGGAACCACACUGUUGUCUAUAUGGAUGCUGUUUCAAGGGACUUUAAACAUUAAGUACCCUUGCAAAUACUCGAGCACCUGUCUCAUGUCGGUUUUCGCAGCGUUUCAAUGUGCUCUCUUGAGUCUUUACAAGGGCAGAGACGCUCACGAUUGGGUCAUCAGUGACAAAUUCGUGAUUACUGUUAUCAUAUACGCUGGAGUGGUAGGACAAGCAAUGUCGACGGUAGCAACAUCAUGGUCGAUAAAGAAACUAGGAGCUGUUUUCGCAUCAACAUUUACUCCGAUUACUCUUAUCUCAGCUACUCUAUUCGAUUUCCUUAUCUUACACACUCCUCUAUACCUUGGCAGUGUAAUUGGAGCAGUGGUGGCAGUAAUGGGUCUCUACGUGUUCUUGUGGGGUAAGAACAAUGAAACGGAAUCAUCAACGACAUUGCCUACUCAGAUGGACAACGAAGGCCAACAUACUAAUAAUACUAAUACUAAUAAUAAUAAUAGCAAGGACUGCAGGUCACCUGUUUAA